AUGGGAGGAGCCAAAAGAGCAGGACCGAAGGAGAGGAUUGAUUUGGUGAAAGAAGGAAAGAUGAAGGUAGAUUUUGUCAACGGGAACACCAGGCAACCGUGUAUCACGGUGCACAGAUCAGUGAUAGAGGAGAUGUGUGCCCCAUGGAAGGAAGCACUUAUCGUAUGCCUCCUUGGUAAGCAACUUGGUUUCAGAACCAUGAAGAGCAGGCUGGCUAUUACGUGGAGACUUGGCGGUGACUUCGAACUCCUUGAUGUUGGCAAUGGUUUUUUCAUGGUAAAGUUUGAUUCAGAAGAAGACAAGAACAAGGUCAUGGGAGGUGGCCCAUGGAUGAUCUUUGAUCAUUACCUUGCAGUGUCUACAUGGAAUGCCGAUUUCAUUGCACCAGAGGCCAGAGUGACUCGCACCUUAGCUUGGAUCCGAAUCCCGGGCCUGAAUGUGGUCUUCUACGAUGAAAACUUUCUCUUAUCUGUAGCCCAAGUCAUUGGCACACCGGUUAAGGUUGACGUCAAGACGCUCCGGGGAGACCGGGGGAGGUUCGCACGAAUAUGCGUUGAACUUGAUCUGACGAAACCAGUGAUUGGAAGGAUCAUGGUGGAAGGUUACUGGUACAACAUUCAGUAUGAGGGGCUACACGUGAUAUGCACCAAGUGCGGGUGCUAUGGACAUCGGAGCUGUGAAUGCCAGUAUCAACCCCCAGAGGACGAGACGCCUCAGCCCCAAGGAGGAAAGUCCACGACAGGCCAGGAACCGGCGGCGCCGCCGUCAGAGAAGCAGGGAACUGAAACUCGUGCGGCGCCUAUUGCGGCAGUAACGGCUGGAGCCGAAUCAGACGCUAGCGAAAUUCACGAGGCAGUUGAGAAGGAUCAGAUGGAAAUCACCAAAGAGGAGGUGAUCACAGAAUCAGGUACUGCGAAUUCAAAAUUAGAAGAUCCUAAUGUGGAAGCCUUUGGUGAUUGGAUGGUGGUGACUAGGAAAAAGAAAAAGCCAUUCCAGAAAAGUGGGGCGAAAACCGAGGUGGGAAAACAAAAACGGCAACAAAAUCAAGGUGGGGGUACGUCAUUUAGUAACAGAAAUGUUGCUGCCCAUGGAGACCCACGUGGGAAGGCUAAAUCAACCAAACCCAAUCAUGGGAUUGUGAUUGCUAAUCAAGAGGGACCAAAACUCAAGGAGGAAAAGACAAAGCCGUUACCUUUCUCUCCGAAGUCAAUGGAAUUUAAUAUGGGGCCCGCUGCAACUAUUGCCUUGGAGACAAAGAAAAAAAGGGCACGUGUGGAGGACCUAGUAUUCAAAGAUCCUCUUGUGGGGCCCGUAAAUAACCACACCACCCCUACCAGCAAGGCUGUAGUAAGUUUUGCUUUCCAAGCUUCUCAAAAUAAUGAUACAGUGGCUGAGGAUUACAUGCAGCGGUUUUCUGAGGUUCCCACCGUUAUUCAUGACCUGGAGCAAGCGUGCUCAAGCAAGCACGUCCCAGAGAAGUCAUGCCAAGUAUGA